GAACCCAGGGAGCCUUAAAGAGCUCCCCAGGUCUCCGCCCUUGCCACUGCAGCUCCCCACCAUGGCCGAGACCGCCAAGCUCCAGCUGUUUGUCAAGGCAAGUGAGGACUGUGAGAGCGUGGGACACUGCCCUUCCUGUCAGAGGCUCUUCAUGAUCCUGCUACUCAAGGGUGUGCCCUUCACGCUCACCACGGUGGAUAUGCGCAGGUCCCCAGAUGUACUGAAGGACUUCGCCCCCGGCUCACAACUGCCCAUCUUGCUGUAUGAUGGCGACGCCAAAACCGACACGCUGCAGAUCGAGGAGUUUCUGGAGGAGACGCUGGGGCCGCCAGAAUUCCCCAGCCUGGCGCCCCGCUACAGGGAGUCCACGACCGCGGGCAACGACGUCUUUCACAAGUUCUCCGCGUUCAUCAAGAACCCAGUGCCCGAGCAAGAUGAUGCCCUGUACCAGCUGCUGCUGCGCGCCCUCGUCAGGCUGGACAGAUAUCUGCGCGCGCCCCUGGAGCACGAGCUGGCUCGGGAGCCGCAGCUGCGCGAGUCGCGCCGCCGCUUCCUGGAUGGUGACCAGCUCACGCUGGCCGACUGCGGCCUGCUGCCCAAGCUGCACAUCGUGGAUACCGUGUGCGCGCACUUCCGCCAGGCGCCCAUCCCCGCGGAGCUGCGCGGCGUCCGCCGCUACCUGGACAGCGCGCUGCAGGAGAAGGAGUUCAAGUACACUUGUCCGCACAGUUCCGAGAUCCUGGCGGCCUACCGGCCCGCCGUCCAACCCCGUUAGUGACCCCGCCUCUGCCAUCCCCGCUCAUUCGUCUGCAGCGCCAUAAAGCCCUGUGCUCCAGUGAGCGUGUCCGCACAUCCCAGGGACCAGAGGGCCCACGAUUUUUGCCACCCUCAAACCCCGACCGUGGGACGCUCAGUUUCAGAUGACAGCCCAGAAUGACAGAGGCAGAGAGCCCGUUGGGCGGGGCGAGCCCAUCCCCCCCACUCAACAGGGACAGCGGGGACUGGAUUGGGCUCCCAAACCAGUCAGUCCAGGGCAGGGAGGCAGGAUGGCCAAGGAGGGUGGGGAGCAGAGCCCUGCCUGGGCACCUCGGGGCUCCCGGCCAGUGGGCGGGGUGGCCCGCAUUCCUCAGCCUUGCCCCCAGGGGGCAGACCACUCCCCCAUCUCCCGCAGGACCUACUGGGUGGGGUCUGGAAGAGUGAGGUGUGUGCCCCGUGGGGUGGAACAGAGUUCCAGCCUUGGGAAACCCUGGCAGGGCCCUGAACGGCCCUCAGUUCCUGGGCUGGCCAGGCAGGAGCAGGUGGGCAGUCGGGGGAGCUUGGCAGCUCCUCCCCCAGGGAGCAAGCGCCUCAUCCAUCCGAUUAUGUCCUGUGGUCCCAUGUCCAGAUCGUAGGCUGAGGGGAAUCCCUGAUCCCUCUCCCCCAGCCAUCCCCCAGGAGCCAGAACCAGGCUAUGACGUC